AUGACCACGUCACAUUCACCAUCACCACAAAUCCGACAAGAACCCACCACUCACUUCUAUCCAUCUCCAUCUCCAUCUCCUCCCGAGUCGAACAACCAGCAUCAUGGUAGCAUCGAAAACCAUCUCGACCGCUACGAGAAAACCACCUCAUUAUCAGGAACCAUCAACAUCACCGUCGAAUCCCCUUCCUCUUCCUCCCACGACGAGGUGAACUCGAAAUCCACUUGGUCGAGAUCUUAUCAUGACUAA